AUGCCGGUCGAGAAGUUUUCCAUACCGUCCAAUUUCACCCUGUUGCAAUCACUGGAACUUCUACAAGCAAUUGUUGCCAAUCAAUUAGAGAACUACCAACAACAGAAAGUCAAACAGACUCCAAACUCUCAUAAUUUGAACAAGACCUAUAAGCUGUUGGAUGAUUUGCUCAAGUAUCUAAAUGAGGGUCUUUACAAAAUAGAGCGAUAUUUCAAAUGUAAAGAAGGCCUAUCAAACUCCACCAAUGGAAACUCUGAAUUACAGAACAGAGUUGAAGACCUACAAAUCUUGAAUGAGGAUAUUAGACUAGCGAGAAAGGACUGUCGUAAUAGAUUGAAGGUGUUGGAGAAGCAAGAACAUGGCUCGCAUGGAAAGGGACUGGGCUUAUCCGGAAUAUGGAGAAGUUACAGUAAGAAAGGCAAAUCCAUCGAUAAUCAUGAAGAACAGGCUGCCAUUGAAGCAGCAGAGAGGAUAAGAAAGGCUAGGCUAGAAGACGAAACGAGAAGGCGAGAAGAGGAACAAAAGCGUGAUGAGGAGGCUAAAGCUCAAAGAGAAAAGAUGAUCGAAGUGAUGGUAAAAGAACAGGUUGAGCAGGAGCUUAAUUCAAAGCUACAGGAAGAGAGGAAAAGACAAAGGCGAGCCGACGAAGAAGAGCGGAGAAGGCGCCAGGAGAAAGACAAAAAAGUUAUGAGUCCCCCUUCAACGAAGCCGAAUCAGCUCGUUUCUAGAGGUGCUAGAUCUAAUAAUUCCGAUAGGCAUAAUUUGGCCGUUAAUGGUAGGAGGUCACUAGAUAUCAGGCCCUCAGCCCGCCGAUCUCUAGAGGCCAAUGUUAUCGAGCCACAACGAAAAUCAUUAGAUAUGCAAGACAUAGGAAGAGCUGCACAACUGGCAUGGUCGCACUCGCAGCAGGAAGAUUUGCGUGUUCAACGUCCAGCAUCCUUCACCGUGAGAAAGAGUAAUAAUUCGCCUGUACAGGGUGCUCAGAGCCUAACAAGUCCAACGAUAAGAAGGAAGUAUGAUUAUGUCAAGCCGGUGCUACACCGACAGCAGAUAAAGCAGCCGAAGAAACCCAGUGUGGCUGGGGAGGCAUCCAGAAAUUCAAACAGUGCGGAGACGAAGAACGCGGCUAGAAGGGAAACCGGAUUGCCUAGACGAUCGCAGACAAUUCCAAAAUCUAAUCCGUCAUCUUCGAGAUCACCGCCAUCAAGGUCACCCACUCCGCCUCCUGAAGUGGAGAGAGAAAGCACACCUGGUGCCGGUUCAGAUGAGAGUUCGCUAUCUCCAAUGGAAAGACGGAUCAAUAAAGUUAUGGAAACCCUUCGUGGGGUAGAUGCACAUGAAUGUGAACAAAUCAAAAAUGAAAUUCUAGUAAUGGAUGAAAAAGUUCACUGGGAUGAUAUAGCAGGGUUGACUAGGGCCAAGAACUCGCUAAAGGAGACCGUAGUUUAUCCAUUUUUAAGACCUGAUUUGUUCAGAGGUCUGAGAGAGCCGAUUAGAGGUAUGCUCUUAUUCGGCCCUCCAGGUACAGGUAAGACUAUGAUUGCCAAAGCCGUGGCCACAGAAUCGAACUCGACGUUUUUCAGUAUCAGUGCAUCCUCUCUUCUUUCGAAAUAUCUCGGUGAGUCAGAAAAGCUGGUCAAAGCACUCUUUUACAUGGCAAAACGACUAGCACCGUCUAUCAUUUUCAUAGAUGAGAUUGAUUCUCUAUUAACUGCGAGGUCAGAUAAUGAGAAUGAAUCAUCGAGAAGAAUCAAGACAGAACUACUAAUCCAGUGGUCUGCUUUGUCAAGCGCAACUGCACAAGAUAAUAAAGAUUCGGCUACAGAUGCAAGAGUCCUUGUUUUAGCCGCAACGAAUUUACCUUGGGCAAUUGACGAAGCCGCCAGAAGAAGAUUUUCGAGGAGAUUGUACAUUCCAUUGCCCGAGUAUGAGACCAGGCUUUAUCAUUUGAAGAAACUAAUGUCAAAGCAGCAAAAUAAGCUUUCAGAGACAGACUACGAGGUAAUAGCAGGAAUGUGCGAAGGAUUUUCCGGUUCUGACAUAACAGCGUUAGCCAAGGAGGCAGCAAUGGAACCUAUAAGAGAUCUUGGCGAUAAUUUGAUGAAUGCGGAGUUCAGCAAUAUCAGAGGUGUGAUGGUCAAGGACUUCGAGAAAGCAUUGCAGACUGUUAAAAAAAGCGUGUCACCAACUUCUUUGCAACAGUAUCAAGAUUGGGCGGCCGGCUUUGGUAGUACUGGAGCAUAA